AUGAUCAGCCCCUUCAGGAGCCAACUCCGAAGUGGUUGCGCCACUGCGAGCUUCGUCCGGCUUGCGAAGCAUCGCGCGCAUAGGAGAUGGACCUACCAACUGCGCUGGCAGUCUGCCACUGCCACAGCAAAAGCCAACGAGAAGACACCCAACAGCACACUUGCUAUCCCCUCGAUCGCUCGCCAGAACGCAAUAGGGGUGCAACAGCUGAGCGAGCACCUCUAUCCACAAGUCUUUCCUAAGGGGUCCGAGCCUCCUCCAGAAUCCCUCGUCGAGCUCUCCAAGGACCACCUGAGGCGUCAUGACCUCCUAGGCAAGACUACCGACGCAGCCGAUCCUAUCGCGUUCAACCUCCCGAAACUCCAAGCUCCAGAAACCCAGACGCUGGACGAACAUUUCUUUAGACUCGGCACGGACGCCGCGGAGCCCUUCUUGUCACACGCAAAAGAGUUUGCAAAAUCCAAUACGCCCCAGCAGCCGAGAAAAUGGGUACAUCGGAGCGGAUGGACCAAAUAUUACUGCAAAGACGGGACAGGGCCGGAGAUCACGGAGGAGGUAGAAGCGCCAGACGAGACCAUGCUGUCAUUUGACGUCGAAGUGAUGUGGCAGGAGAACCCUUUUGCUGUCAUGGCCUGCGCUGCUAGUCCAACAGCCUGGUACGUUUGGCUGUCACCGUGGCUUCUGGGCGAGACGGACGUCAAAACGCAACUUGUACCGCUCGGUGAUCCUACCAAGGAGCGAAUCGUUGUUGGGCACAACAUCGGGUACGACAGGGCCAGGAUACUCGAGGAAUACGACAUCAAGCAAACAAAAAACUGCUUCCUAGACACCAUGUCACUGCAUGUUGCCGUGAACGGCAUGUGCUCGCAGCAACGGCCCACGUGGAUGAAGGCUCAGAAGAACCGGGAGAAGGAACGAGUCGCUCGAGCCGAGGGAAACUUCAGCCUGGGCGCCCUGAUGGAUGAAGAAGAGCUGUGGGUCGGAAGAAGCUCGAUCAACUCCUUGCGGGACGUGGCCAAAUUUCAUCUCAAUGUUUCCAUGGACAAAUCUGCCCGAGACGACUUUAGCGGGCUGGAUCGGCAAAAGGUCUUGGAGAAGCUAGACGACCUCCUCAAUUAUUGCGCGGCCGACGUUGCCAUCACACAUCGAGUAUUUUCGAUUGUCUUCACCAACUUUCUCAAGACGUGCCCCCACCCAGUCAGCUUCGCCGCUCUGAGGCACCUGUCCUCUGUCAUUCUACCCGUAGAUGACUCUUGGAAUUCUUACAUCGCGAACGCCGAAGCAACCUAUCAAAAAUUGUCAGUCGGUGUCCAAGAACGUCUCAUAUCUCUCGCUGAAAAGGCUCUGGAGGUCAAAGAUGACGAGGAGAAAUGGAGCAACGAUCCUUGGUUGAAGCAGUUGGACUGGUCAGGGCAGGAGAUCAAGUGGGUCAAAGGCAAAAAGAAAGGGGAUCCACCGAGGCCGUCUAAGAAUCAAAAAAUGCCUGGCAUGCCGAAAUGGUACAAAGAUCUUUUUGCCACAAAAGAUGCCCCUAUUAGCAUUUCGGUGCGGACGAGGAUAGCACCACUGCUGCUCAGGCUCUCCUGGGAAGGGCAUCCGUUAUUCUGGUCAGACGAGCACGGGUGGACUUUUCGCGUUUCUCGGGAGGAGAGAGAGCAUUACGUCAAAAACUCAAUGAAGUUAUGCGAUAUGACGGAUGAGAAGACGGAACCUCUGCUGCGAGACGAUAUACAUGGAGUUUACUUCAAGGUCCCUCAUAAAGACGGCCCCGCGGCCCGAUGCGCCAACCCGAUGGCAAAAGGUUAUCUCAAUUAUUUUGAAAGCGGAAUCUUGACGUCUGAAUACGCUUAUGCAAAGGAGGCCCUGGAAAUGAAUGCGUCUUGCUCAUACUGGAUAAGUGCUCGCGAGCGAAUCAGGUCGCAACUGGUCGUCUAUGAAAAGGAACUACGGGUACCCAAAGGACAGAAAGCAGGAGACACGGCUCAAGGCUACAUUCUCCCGCAGCUCAUACCGAUGGGCACCAUCACGAGGAGAGCUGUCGAAAACACCUGGCUGACUGCGAGCAAUGCCAAGGAGACGAGAGUGGGCUCCGAGCUGAAGGCAAUGGUCAAGGCGCCCCCAGGAUACAGUUUCGUGGGCGCCGACGUGGACUCUGAGGAGCUCUGGAUUGCGAGCGUACUGGGCGAUGCCAUAUUCCAACUCCACGGCGGCAACGCCAUUGGCUUCAUGACGCUAGAAGGCUCAAAAGCUGCUGGAACUGAUCUUCAUUCCCGAACGGCUUCGAUUCUGGGCAUUUCGAGGAAUCAUGCAAAGGUAUUCAACUACGGGCGAAUCUAUGGCGCUGGCCUCAAGUUCGCCGCACAGCUGCUCCGGCAGUUCAAUCCAACGCUUUCCGAGCGUGAGACCGAGGCCAUCGCAAAGAAACUCUACACUUCGACAAAAGGGGCACAGUCGGAACGGAAGGUACUUUACAAGCGAAAGUUUUGGCGGGGUGGCACAGAGUCCUUCGUUUUCAACAAGCUCGAAGAGUUUGCUGAGCAACGGCGUCCGCGCACACCUGUUCUCGGAGCUGGCAUCACCGAGGCGUUGAUGAGCAGCUACGUCAGCAAGGGUGGCUUCCUCACGAGCCGCAUCAACUGGGCCAUUCAGAGCUCAGGCGUUGACUACCUGCACCUCCUGAUCGUGUCUAUGGAUUAUCUGGCCCGACGCUUCAACAUCGAUGCUCGUCUUGCCAUCACGGUACACGACGAAAUCCGCUACCUCGUCAAGAACGAAGACAAGUACCGUGCCGCCAUGGCGUUGCAGAUCGCCAACCUCUGGACACGAUGCAUGUUCGCCCAGCAGAUCGGCAUCGAUGACCUCCCACAAUCAUGUGCCUUCUUCAGUGCUGUCGACAUCGACCACGUCCUCCGCAAGGAAGUCGACAUGCCCUGCAUAACACCAUCUAAUGAUACACCCAUACCACCCGGCGAAUCCAUCGACAUCCAACAGCUGCUCGCCAAGGGCAGCGAGGCCCUCCUCGACGAAGCCGUCAUCCCAGAGAACGCACCUCAACUCGACCACAUCCAGUACACGCCGCGCACACCAGUAAUGCAGACGCUCAAGAAAGAGGACGCCUCGACGGCGGACCUAGCUUUCAUCAAGGCGCAGAUCACGUCCGACAUGAAGGAGCUCAACGAGGUCUGCGCCGAGCAGCGCAAGAAGGUCGCCGCGCUGGCGCCCAAGAAGGAGCCCACGCCUCGCGCCUCCAAGGUCCUGCCGUACUCGUCGCACGCGCAGCUCAUGCCCAUGGAGGAGCCCCUGCUCGUGUCGGAGGCGUUCCGCGCCGACCAGGCUAAGCGCUUCGGUCCCGGCGGAGCCGCGCAGAAGAAGAUCGACUGGUCAAGGACGGCCCGCUGGACCAAGACGAACGUCGCCAGCCGAGGCACGGGGCAUUGA